UGCGCCUCCAAAAUUGUGCAGACAAUCCGAUGGCGAACCAUCUUGCUGCGCCGCUUCCUGUCAUGUCAGCUUCGCAGCCUUCCAUGGAGGAGAUGCAGCCACUCACCGCGUCAGCUACUCCAGCGCAAGCUCGGAUCGCGCGACUCAGGCGCCUUUGCUCGCCACUGGCGAUUCUCCUCACGGCGCUGGCCAUGACCCUGGCACUUGCGACCGCGCCCAUCUCCGCCGUGUCCAAUCGCCUGCGGCGAUCGGCCCAGGAUCUCGCCGUGACACGCCUGGCGGAAGCCGUGGUGGAGGACGUGCCGGAAGGAUGCUUCAAGCAGGGCAUGUACUACGGGAAGCCUUUCAAGAUGCAGGGCAGCAAGCGCACGGUAGAGGCGUCACCUCGGGACUGCCAGCUGCGGUGCCGGAGAGACUACAAGUGCGCCCAGUUCAGCUGGUGGCCGGAUGGCGGCUGCUUGCUCACCGACGAGGGGUCCAUCCUGGAGGCCACGCCCUUCAAGUGGUCCGGCGUGGUGGUCGGCCCUCGGAACUGCCAAGACCUCACCGCCUUCGAGGCUGCGACCUUGGUGGAAGGCAAGCGGGGCGACGCCUUCUGCCACGGGGAGGCGCUGCUGGAGGGCCCGUCCGCAGGCCUGUCUUAUUGCAUGGAGUCCUGCGACGGUUUGCCAAAGUGCAACUACUUCAGCCUGUGGUCCACCGGAGAUGAGCACUGGUGCCGCCUCACCCAGCACUGCCAAGACGUGGAACGCCAAAAAGGGCAGGUGAUCACCAUCUACAAGAGGCGUGAGGUGGCGCUGCCGGGGAACCCUCUGGAGCCGGCCUCGGCAGCGAAGCUGUUGCCAGUCGUCCUGGAGCGGGCAAAGGAGAACUUGCCUGGCAUCAACGGUACCAGCUGCGCCGCCUACCCGGGGUGUGUGGCCAUGGGCUUGCUGAAGGGCAACUGCUGCCCUGAUGGUGAGCAUGUGACCUUGGAAUGCUGCAGCGGCCUCCCGCCGCCCGUCUUUGGAGAUCCUUUUGGCCCAAACCGGCAGGCGGAGAUGCUGAAGCUCCCGCGCUCGGAAUGCUCCGCCUUCCCUCGGUGUGUGUCAGCCAACAUGACGGGCGCCUGCUGCCCCACGCCGGAGGGUGUGCGGCUGGCCUGCUGCCCCUAGUUCUGAGGCCAGCUGGAUGGGAAAUCAGCGGCAACUUGCAAGCACUUGCUCAGCCUUUGGGUUUCCGGC